AUGUUUGGUAAGUCAUGGAAAGCUUUACCAAUAGUGGACAAACGUCCAUUUGUUGAGGAGGCGGAACGUCUCAGAGUGAAACAUAUGCAAGACCACCCAAACUACAAAUAUCGGCCACGGCGUCGUAAAAAGGUGAAACGACAUAAACGACUGGACUCCAGCUUUGUGCUUCAUGGGGAGGGGGAUGCUCAGAACCCUCUGGGCAUGGAGGGCAUGAGUGUUGGAUAUUCAGAACUGCCCCAAGCUAGGCUGCCUCUAUACUGUGAGACCCAGACUUUGUUUGAGCCCUACAGUUUGCCUCCACCCGACCCCUCUUCUAUGGACGAGUUUUUUGCCCAUCUUCAGGACAAUCACCAUCAGUCAGCAUACAACUACCAUAACCACCAAGAGCAACACUUUCAGGAAAACACAAACAUUCUCAGCAACAUGCAUGGUCAUACUAACAUGAAAUCACUCACAAACGCACAUUUUCACAGCAUUACUCACUGCAACAUCAACACACACACCGAUCCUAACUCACACACUUCCAGCAAUACACCGUUUAAUAUAAUGAACAAUGCUCACCCACAGCAAUCUCUUAAUGAGAGUACCAAACCACAAACCAGUCACAGUUCUGGUACUCAUCUUAAUUCCCUCACCCACCCGAUAUCUCACACCAUCAUUAACAAAAGCUCUUCUUCUCAUCAAGCCAUGCCUCCUGAUUACCUGAAUUGUCCUUCAACUUUAGAUGACCAUUAUUGGUCCAACUCUCAGUUGAAGCGUCCUUAUGAGGAAUUGUCACUGCCUGUUGACCGUCACACAUAUAAGCACAGCAUUCCUGAGCCACACUCACAGGCCCCUGCAGCAGCUCAGAUUCAAGGUUCUAGUGAAAUGGUGGAUGAAGUGGAGUUUGACCAAUGCCUCGCUUAUGGGGUCCCCCAUGUACCUUUGCAGGGGUCCAACCUAAUCUCAACUGUACUAUCUGAUGCUAGCACUGCUGUGUACUACUGUGGCUAUAGUAAUUACUGAGGAGAUGUUAUGUUCUUUUUGAUAAAACCUGAAUCACACAUAUUUUCAUUGUAACCCCAGACACUGAUUAUUU